AUUUCUCAAAUUUCUCAAAUUUCUCAGACAAGGACAAAUCUAAAUACAGAACAAACCAACUCUAACCGCCCAUCAUCCUCCGUUCUCCCAGAAAAUGGCCUCCGCCUCCGCCGCCGCCGCCGCCGCCGCCGCCGGCACCAUCUCCUCCGUAUCUUCCUUCUCCGCCGCUUCCCGCCACGGCGGCGGUCUCACCUGCGCGCCCCCGGGACCCUCGACCUGCGCGGCCCUUCCUCAACUCCGAAGCCCCUCUCCAUCAGGGCCCUCUCCGCCCCAUCCCCAUCCCCAUCCCCCGCCCUCACCCAGGACGACCUCAAGAAGAUCGCCGCCGACAAGGCCGUGGGCUAUGUCCGCAGCGGCAUGGUCCUCGGCCUCGGCACCGGCUCCACCGCGGCCUUCGUCGUGGCCAAGCUCGGCCAGCUCCUCCGGUCCGGCGAGCUGUCGGACAUCGUCGGGGUCCCGACCUCGAAGCGCACCGAGGAGCAGGCGGGGCUCGGCAUCCCGCUCUCGGUCCUCGACGACCACCCGCGGCUCGACCUCGCGAUCGACGGCGCCGACGAGGUGGACCCCGAUUUGAACCUGGUGAAGGGGAGGGGCGGGGCCCUCCUGAGGGAGAAGAUGGUGGAGGCCGCGAGCGACAAGUUCGUGGUGGUGGCGGAUGAGACCAAGCUCGUAAGUGGGCUUGGCGGGAGCGGAUUGGCAAUGCCGGUUGAGGUGGUGCAGUUCUGCUGGAAGUACAAUUUGGUAAAGCUUCAAGAAUUGUUCAAUGAAGAAGGCUGUGAGGCAAAACUGAGGUUGAACCAGGAUGGGAAGCCCUAUGUCACAGAUAAUUCUAACUAUAUUGUGGACUUGUACUUUAAAACUCCAAUUAAGGACAGCUUAGCAGCGGGGAAGGAAAUAUCGGCAUUCGAAGGGGUGGUCGAACAUGGACUGUUUCUCGACAUGGCAACAGCAGUGAUCAUUGCCGGAAAGAAUGGCGUAGAAGUAAAAUCCAAGUGAUUUUCCCUGGGGAAGGGUGAGCUUUGAAUGUGUAUCUUCAUUCAGAUUUUGUAAUUCUUAUAUGGAUGCUUAAUUUAGUCCGAUAAAUAUUGUGGUAUAUUCGCAGUUUUUGAGCUGCUAACUGCAUCAGAUCCUCCUUCAAAUGUGAAAAUUUUGAAUAAAAGAGAUAUACUGCUCUGACGAAUCGUUUCAAAGCAUUUUCUGUCAUA